AUGUCUGAAGAUCGGGAUAGGCUCAAGAUAUCGCUGCGAAGCGGCGGAAAGAGGAAGAACAAGGCAGCCCCCAUCAAGAUCUCCGGGCCAAUCUUGCAGCAAAAUGAUGCGAGCUCUCAGAGGUCCGGGUCCCGGUCCAUCGCGGAAGAGGCCCCGCCUGCUCGGCCCCGACCCCCGCCGCAGAGCACCUGCUUGGAAAAUAAGACGUCCGAUCUUGUAAAACGGAGAUACUCGACCCGCUUCAACCAACUCCCCACCGAUUUCGAUCCAACCGCCAACCCGAUGCCAGCUCUUAGCAACCUCGACCAGUAUGUUCAAGCCCAGGCUCAAGACCGCCGGCCCCCACCGUCUAGAGGAGGUGAGAGUGGUCGAAAGGUUGGAGCUACACCCGAAGUCGAUGUCAGGGCUCUUCGAGAUCCGAACCUUGUUGUCGAGAACUAUGUCGCCGAGAUCCUUAGUGAGGCCACCGAGGACGAGAUUCGCGAGUAUGAGAUUGCUUUGCGCCAGCUGAAGAGCCGCGCCUCGAUUGACUUGCAGCAAAAUGUCUACCAGAACCGCACACAGUUCAUCAAAAUCAGCAAGGAGGCCGAGAAGCUCAAGGGCGAGAUGCGCACUCUCAAGAACCUGAUGUCGGAGUUAAAGACCAACACCACAGCACUUCGCUCGGCUUCCAACAGUACCGAACCCGUUAGCUUCAACAAUGAGAUACCUUCAGGGCUCAGCAAGCGGGACAAGCGCAGCUCUGUCGCUGAUCGAACGGCACUCUGGAGCGCGCAGAUGCAAGCGCUCUACAAGAACGUAGAAGGCUCUCAGAAAUUUCUACCAAACGUCCCUGGUCGUCAUGUUGUUCAAAAUGCAGGUCCGUGGGUAGAGCUCGAUAAUGCGACCUACAAAUCUAGACGGUCUAUGCAAAUAUUCCUCCUGAACGACCACCUACUAAUCGCGUCUCGCAAGAAGCGGAAGACGGAUGGACCUGGGGGGGCUGAUGGGAGGGGUCCAAUGACGAAGCUGGUGGCUGACCGGUGCUCGCAUUUGUUGGACGUGGAGGUGGUGGAUAUGGCUGGGACAGGCGAUUCGUCAGCUGGUAGGAACAAGUUGGCUGAUGCCAUCAUGGUUCGCGGCGGUGGAGGAAACGAGUCUUUUAUUUACCGGACAGAGAAACCGGAAGAUCCUGAAAAGGGAACGCUGAUUCUCAACAUUCGCAAGACUGUGGAGGAAUUGCGCAGGAACCUCCAGUCUGAAAGAGAAGCCACCAACAAGGCCAAGGAGACCAUCAACUAUUUUGCGUCGCGCGAUCCUGGUCUCUUGCAAAAGACUGAGCUGCUCGAGACGCUGUCCGAUAUCAAGGAUAUGCUCAUUGAGGUGGAUGGGAAGCAGCAGAACCUUCGCUGGGUCGAGAGCGAGAUGGAUGAGCUGGAUAUCAAUAUCGCUCUCCAGCAGAUUGAACUGGCAGUCGCCCGCAUCGAAAAGUUGAAGAGCUUAGCGUUGGGUCUACGUAAGAACGCCAUUGCGCAUGACUUUAUUACCUUCAAAGUUGAGGAGAGGUGUGCCAAGCUGGCGGCCUUGAUUGCCCGUGAGCUCACUUCCACGCAUCACCACCAGCGGAAGACCAAGCAGAAUGUUUCUUGGUUAACGCGCCUCGGUUUUGAAGACCGUGCCAGAGAGGCGUAUCUGGAGGCCCGCAGUGAGAUAAUCCAAAAGCGAUCUAGACAAUGCAUCUUCAAGGGCGACUUGCAUCUGUACAUCUGGGAGAUCUCAUUUGUUUAUUUCACCAUCAUACGAAACACCGUCAGCUGUUUCCAGGCGUGUUUCCCGCCUCCCAUGAUGAGCGCAUGUGUCAAGUGGGCCAAGGAGGAAGUGGAUGCCUUCAACGGAAUCCUUGCUCGGCAGCUCAGCAGUACCGAAGAAGGCGACGAGGUGUGGGUUCAAUGCAUGGAUCGGGCAAAGGAACAUUCCGACAUGCUGUCUGAGGUUGGCCUGGAUUUUCGCAAUCUAGUCGGACAGAAUGUCAAGACCGGGGCCGAGAGUGGCUCUAACGGGCCGGUUGGCUUGGGCUUGUCUUAA